GGGACGCAUCGAAAAAUUCGUUCCUUAGUGCUAACGAUACAAUGAGUAGUAAACAUCCAUGGAAGGCCCAUGAAGAGCUAGUCUCUUCGCCUCUACUAACGGAGAAAAAGGCCAAUACGAAGAAACCUCAGUUUAAACGACACAAAACAAACCAACGAAGGAUUAGUAGGAAACUGGUCGGUUUACGCGUGACAGAUUUGAUGAUCGAAAAUUCUUCGGAUGACGACUUCCAAUUUGAUGCCGAAAAUGAGCGCUGCGCAGAGAAGGUUUCGCUUACUCAAUCCCAGCCACCAUUCAUCAGUCCGGCUAAAGUGGCGAUAGAAAAUGGAAACUCAUCGGAUUCGGAAUUAAAGCUAUCGAAAGAUGAUGAAGACGUUACCCAUCGACGGCCUGUUUCUUCUGCGUCUGAAUCGGAUGACUGCUUAGCAAUUGACUGCAAGAAGAAUCACGUGCCACAUCUGCCUUUUGUUGGGACAAUAUGCAAGUAUAAACGGCAAAUUACGGUUGAUUCGGAUUCGGAACAGUCACCAUCACCAGAAGACUUGCGUUCACGACCGCAUUCGUCAAAAAACAAAAACGGCUCCUUAUCGUUAUACGUGCAUUCGCGCUUAAAAAAGAGAAGUAAAGAAGCUCAUAGAACGAAAAUGGGAACAUUUUCGACCACCCAAUGGAAUAUCGAGGACGGGGACUCAUCUACCGAAGAAGCUAAUUGUGAGACUUACGACGGGUGCACCGCUUCAAAUUUAUUCAUCAUUGAAGACAUUCAACCAUCACUAGAGGUUAACUCUUCACAAUUGUUAUCGUGUCCCGAUGGGAAUGCUGUAGCAUCGAUACACGUAAAUAAGCCAUCGUCCGCUGAAAGAUAUCAAAAGAGCAGAAACAUAGUCAAUACGAGCUCUGCUGAUGCAAAUUUAUUCAACAUCGAAGAACUCUUACCGUCACCUGUUGAAAACUCUUCAUCAACGUGUAUCUCAACAUCAUUCUACAAAAAUGAAAUGACGUUAUUCGAAAAACACACAAAAGGAAAAUAUCGGAAAGGUUCGCCUCUUAACAUGCUAGCAGCGGUGUUGAGAGAGAAAACGUCGGUUCAGAGGGUUUGGUUUCAUGAAAUGCUCUCGGGUAUCGCGCAACCAAAGCUAGUAACACUGGAAUCCGUUGAACGCUGCUACGGGCGAGUAAUGCUUCACUUUUACACAACCACUGACAAGGACGAUUGCCGACGAGUUGAAAACAUAGUUGUUUUGAAUUCCGGGAAUAAGCAGCUGGAAACACUUGAAGCCGGAAUGAAGAUUGCAUUGGAAUUGGACGAACAAAAUCUUCCCCUUCAAAUUUCUCGGUAUCGAAUAAUUCAUCUUGGAGUGAUCAAACUGUGUCCUGCAAUUUUGUUGUCCUGCAACAAAUAA